AUGGCAGAUAUUAUGCCAAUUAUUCGUGUACGGCGCAAACGAUCCGCCGAUCCACAUGCAGCGCUUAUCAUGGAAACGAAAAAGCGGAAGGAAGAUCCGUUGCUUUUCUCACUAUUCAAAACUGAGACUGCUGAUGAGGCUUCGGAUGGAAUAACUGGUGCACGAGUAAUCGAAUUUAAGGCUGGAUGUUCAGAUGAAGCUGAAGGCAAAGGUCUUGAAUUCAUUGGUGAGCGCAAUGAAGGUUCAGCUGGUCCAACUGACGAUUCUAUGGGAGAUAAUAAUGUUGAGGAAAAUGAGGCCGUUAGGUACGACUAUUACAAAAUAUAUCGAGGUUCGAUGACAGAACCCAUAAAGCAGUGGGAUUCCGACAUUGAGCUGAGAUUCGCUACUGAGGAAGAGCAAACGCUGCUUCUUGGAAAUUCCGAUUCUGAAAGCGAUUGUGCAGCAGAUGAUGAUGAUGACUCGAACGACGAAAACAACUGGCGAAAUGAUUACCCUGAAGAAGAGGAUGACGAUGACGAGGACGACGACACUGAAGACGAGGAUUUGAACUACUAUGAUGAGGAUGAUAGAAUGGUCCGUAGAAACCGCGAUGGUGAACAUGACGAAUCUCCUUUCGCUUUGGAGCGCAUGCGACGUCGCCUUGAAGGUUUCGAAAUGGGAGUAUACGAAGGCGAAGAGGACGAUUCGGAUGACGAUUACGUUCGCGGUGAUCGAUCUCGUAAAAGUACUCCAGAGUAUGCCGAUUAUGGCGACUACGAUAUAAGGUACCGCGAGGACUAG